AUGGGACGCAUCUCCCACUUCCUUGGGAUAAAAGCUGACUUUAACAAAUCUGGCAUUUUCCUAAGUCAGUCACUGUAUGCGCAAGAGAUCAUUGAAAGAGCAGGAAUGGCUGAUUGUAAACCAAUAGCAACACCAGUUGACUUGAAGUCCAAGCUAUCAGCAGAAGAAGGCCCUCUUGUCCCUGACCCGACGUCCUAUAGAAGCCUCGCUGGAGCACUUCAGUAUCUCACCUUUAUAAGACCGGAUAUCUCUUACGCUGUUCACCAAAUUUGCUUGUAUAUGCAUUCACCUAGACAGCAACACUUCCAAGCUCUAAGACGAAUAAUUCGGUACAUCAAAGGAACCAUAUCCCGCGGCUUGCAGUUAGUAAAAGACCGGAUUGACAGCUUAACCGCUUACUCGGAUGCAGAUUGGAGAGGUUUUCCAGACAUAAGAAGAAGUACCUCAGGCUACUGCGUCUUCCUAGGCAGCAACUUGAUCUCAUGGUUUGCAAAGAGGCAACCGACAGUGUCAUGA